GGCCAAUCGUAUCCCGAGGGUAAGCCGUCCAAGAUCGAGUAUCAAUGCGACAUACCCGUGUUCAUGGGGCACAAACCACAAGCGGACAUUGAGAUAUUCAGCAACGAUGACGAUCGUGACGCACCAAUUCACCUCAGCGACACCACGAAACGAGUGGCUACAUUGUUUCUCGAUCUACAUAAGAUACCCAAGUCAGCAAAGGCAGCCGCAAAGAAGCGGAAAUUGGGAUGGCACCGGUAUUAUUGCCUGACUGGCGUGAUCGAAGCAAGUUAUGGGUCAGCCACAAUCACUUACACCGUGAAGCUUGGAGGCUCGGGGUUUGUGUCUGAGGCGUCAGGAGUUUGGAUCCUCUCUGUGCCUCUCAAGCGCGUGCACAUGGCUGCCGACACGGGAGAAGGUGGUCCGCCACCGUCCACACUGGCGGCGCAGCUGGUUGAAAACAUCGCGGCGUCGUCGAAAGCCCCCCGAACCGAUGAGAAUAGCGAACUCAAGGGUCUCCUGGCCAUCAUCCAGCGCGUAAAAGACAAGCCAGAUCUCCUCAAGUCGUCGAAUGACCGGCUCGAGCACAAUCACAUGCUCAUCUACGUCUACUGCCGAGUGGUACUCGAAAACAUCAAGCUUGACGACCCAUUUCUUGAUCGGGCCAAUGUCCGAACCGAGUCGCAGAAGGCCAUCAAUUUCCUGCGCUUCACCAUCAAAGAGACGCCGUCCGUAUUGCUGCAUAAGAAUGAAAAUCGCAGACUGCUGUUUCGCGGCCAAGAGCCUCUGUGGGUUUGGCUCUUGCCACAGCUGUUGAGGCUUCUGGGUCACCCUCAAUGUUUUGAACUGGAGAGCUCCAUUGAAGGGUUCCUGCAGUAUAUUCUUCUUCUGGUCGCAAGGACAGGGGCCCUGUGGAAAGUGGCUCCGUCUCUAGGGCUGUAUCUUCGCGCAUCGUUAACGUCGCUUCUCGACCAUCUGCAAAGUCCCUCUCUUGUCCCUUCUCACGCAGAUUUGCGUACAGAUCUAGAACUGCCUCCAAUUUUUGCUCUUGAUCAGAUCCUAGGCAAAGAUGGACAGCACACGCCGAAGCGCUUGUCAUACCCGGUUUACACAAUAUCACAGGGGCUGCAUCUGGCAUCAAGCCUGGCGAGAGUGCUUGCACAUCCCAUUAUAUCGCCCGAUUCGGCAUUUUCCAAUAGUGUAUCCCUAUUGGAGAAUGGGCCAUGGCUUAUAGAUGCCUACCUCGACUUGCGUCAUGUCCAAAAGCGAUGGGAGCUACCCUCACAAAGCACUCCCCUUCCACUGGUGGAAUUGACCAUGGAUAUUAUUAAUUCGUCCAUUGCCAGUGACUAUCCAAGCGCCUCGCUCAUUGAGAAAUCGUGUGCCCUUCUUAUUCUACUCUGUAGCGAGAUGAUUUCCCCCCCUGAUGAGCUGGUACAGCCAACUCCAGCUGGCAACCAGGCAAGGUCCACCUACUGCAUGGCUCUUAUAGCGAUUGCUCAAGCGUCCUUGAAAUCGUACUCAAUAGGCCGUUUUGCGGCGUCGAAACUUGUUCAGGAACUUCUCUUACUGUCAUCACAGUACUCGACCAUUGGAGAAGAUACUGAUGUUUGGGAUUCCUUCCUCGAUAGCAUACACCCGUCAAAGUUCGAGAGCGAAGAACUUCGCAAAGGCAUUCAAGAUCUGCACCUGAACUAUGCUGCCCCUCAUCAAGCAGCGAACGCGGGCAAAAGACGAAAGCUUGCAGAAGAAGCGACGGACUCUUUGGCGAUACUAACGCAGGGGAUAUAUGAAACUCUUCAAGUGACCCCGCCGGCAGAUGAUGAUGUGAUCAUGUUCGAGCAGAUAUACCUGGAUGCGUAUGAUAAGUGCAAUCAAUCGAACCAAUCUCUGGCCGUGGAACUUCUUUCUCGGAUAUGUUGCGUUGUCGAUAGCCCUGCGCGAUUGAACAGUUCGACGGAGUCCGUCACAGCUCCCUUGGCAUGCUCUAUCUGCGACGAGAGCCCUACUAGCUCACGGAAGAUUUCAUCGCAUCAUGCGAAAAGUGAAGCAAGGCGUAUAUUUUCCAAGUUGAUCCGCCUAGCAUCCUUUUCUGAAUCAAGACGGCCAAGGAUCGCUGCCAUGAUUGCUCUCAGGAGGCUCAUAUUGCACUGCGAAGAUGCAGCCUUUCUGAAUUUGGAGACUCCUGGCCCGGGACAGUGGUGUCUUCAGUCACUCAACAGUUCUCUGAGAGAGCUUCGUAUCUCGGCUGGGAGAACGCUGGCGCUUUUUAUGCCUCCGAAACCAACUUACAAUAUGGAUGAGGCGUUGCUGUCGCGCAACAGGAAAAACUCGAUUGCCCUCCUAAAAUCUGCUUCCGAGGCUGACCCGCCAUUCAUGGUUGAGACGCGGAUUCUAGCCUGGGGUCAACUCGGCAGAGUCGUGACAGAAG